AUGUCUGAAUAUCACCAACUACUAGAAGCAAUUAAAAACAUGAACUUGGAGAUGAAAGACCAGCUUAUUACCCUGGAUAAUAAAAUUGAAUCAUUGGAGGCAAAUAUAACAGGCAAAAUCAUAAACAGUAUUGAUAACAAAUUCGAAACAAUUCAAUCGGAAGUGAACACUUUAAAGGAUAAAACUAAUGCACAGGAAAAGGAACUAGAAAGAAUUGACCGUGAAUCAAGAAAGAGGAAUAUAGUUAUAUUUGGAGUAGCAGAGGAAGAAGAAAAUGGUGCAUAUGCCGAAUUGGAAAAAAUGGUGACAGAUAUAAUAACAAUAAACCUCGAAAUUGAAUGUAGCCGGCAAGAUAUACAAUUUGUGACUAGAAUGGGGAAGAAGAGGGAGAAUAAGCCAAGACCAAUAUUAUUGUCAACCACUACAAUGGGAAAAAAGAUUGAAAUAAUGAAAAAUAAAUAUAAGCUCGAAAGCACCGGUUGCUAUCUGAAAGAAGAUUACCCUAAGAAGGUGCUAGAGAUCAGGAAAUCACUGCAAGAAGAACUAAAAAAAGAGAUAGAAAAGGGGAACCGCGCUUACAUAAAGUAUGAUAAACUGGUGAUACUCAAUAAACCAAUCAACAAUAAGCGUCGCCUAUCAGAAAGUCCUGAACACCAAAAAGAGGCUAGCACAUCACAAAAAAAUGAAAAAACACCAACAAAUAGCCAAAAUCAACCUAUAAAGAUAAACAAAACGUCCAAAACAAGUCCAACAAAACAAAAAAGUAUGAGUUCGUUCAUAAACAAGAACUAUAGAGAACUUAAAGCAACUACUACUAGCCCUACUCAGAAUAAGCUAAAUGAUACAAAAACGACACCCAAAAGAGUUUAG